GAUCACAAGAGCACACAUCUCAGCGUGGAUGCAGCUCUCCUCUUUCAUAGUCCGCUGCGUGCUCUGCUUCUCCUGUACAGUUCCUCUCAUGCAUCGCAGCUAAUCGUCCCCCGCUGCUCGGAUCUCGCCUUCAGCCCGCUUGAUCUGCACACUAUGUCUACGCUCGAAAAGACGCCGUCCCGCAACCUGGGGCCAUCCUACAAGCCUGACGAAGAAAAACCCACGGCAACCGUAUCGACGGAAAUUGGCCACAGCAAUGUUCAUAUUCUGCCUCAGACACCACAGCUUAUAGCACUUCUCACAAAGAUCCGAGAUGUGCGAACUGAACGUGCAGACUUCAUAUUCUAUUCAAACCGUAUCAUUCGGCUCCUGAUCGAGGAAGCUUUGAAUCACCUUCCUGUUGUUCAGCACACCAUCAACACUCCGCUGAACACGAGCUACCAAGGUGUCAAGUUCGCGGGUAACAUCUGCGGUGUGUCCAUCAUGCGAGCCGGCGAAGCCAUGGAGCAAGGCCUGAGAGAUUGCUGUCGAUCAGUUCGAAUCGGCAAGAUCCUCAUCCAACGUGAUGAGGAGACUUCCCAGCCUAAGCUCUUCUAUGACAAACUGCCUGAGGACAUCGCGCAGAGAUGGGUACUGCUAUUGGAUCCGAUGUUGGCCACCGGUGGAAGUGCGUUGAUGGCUGUGGACGUACUUAAAGGGAAAGGAGUCCCGGAGGAGCACAUUUUGUUCUUGAAUUUAAUCGCCUCCCCAGAGGGUGCUAGAAGGUUUGCAGAAAAGGCCCCCAAGGUCAGAGUCGUGACAGCCUUUGUUGACCAAGGAUUGAACGAGAAGAAUUACAUCGUGCCAGGUCUUGGCGAUUUUGGCGACCGGUUCUACACCGUGUGAAUCCAAUUUGCAAUGCAGUGCUUGGCAGAUUGUGAAUCACCCUCAGUGUAACGACUUUUACCUCGCUAUAGAAAAGCAUAUAAAUCAACAAAUACUAGACAGCAAAAUUGAAGUUUUUCGCAAUUUCUCUUUUACCAAGUCUAUAUACAACCUGGGAUAGGCUAAACACAUGGGCACAACUGAACCAGAUUCCGCAGAACAAA